AUGUCAAAGGCCACCAUUCUUGUUGCAUUGUUCAUCUUUGCAUUUCUUCAUGCACUCAAUGUCUCCGCCUUAACUGCACCUAGGCGCCACCCCAAUGUCCCAAGGCGCCGAGGCAGAUUCAGACACCAGCUUCACCACCCUUAUUACAAGCCUCCCCAGCAAACUAUCACCGGGGAGGAUCUAGAAUACCUCAAAGCUCACAAUGACUUGAGGAUGAGCAUGCAUGUACCACCCUUGGAAUGGAACACAACCCUGGCCGCAUACGCCCAGAAUUGGGCCAUGCAACGCCAGAAUGACUGCCAGUACAGGCACCAUUCCCAGGGUCCAUACGGUGAGAAUACGUUUUGGGAGCAAUACGAGGAGCAUUCUCCGACGGACGUGGUGAGUAGUUGGUUCCAGGAGCAAGUGUUUUUCGAUCAUGUGAGGAAUGUGUGCAGAUGCCCUAUAGAAACCGACGAUUGCCAGUGCAGCCACUAUCUGGCUGUUACAUGGGGUACUACUAGACAGGUUGGGUGCUACGGGGUCACCUGCAACUAUGAAAGAGGAAGACUGGUGGUUUGUUCAUAUUUUCCGGCAGGAAAUUAUAAAAAUAGGAACCCACUAACCACGGCCUCUAACAUGUCUCCAGAUAUUCCAUCUGAUGCAAUACCUACACUAGGUUUGAACAUAGGACCACUGGGCAAAUAA